CUCACAGAAAAUUCCUGACUAUACCAAUCGCUUACAGCAUUAUUCAUACCUAACUCGUAAUAUUCGUACAAUGUAAUUUCUAUUGCUGCGGUUAAGAAGGGAAACCCUCACAUCCCACUACAACAAAUCUUUCACACCAUCUGAUUGUAGUCUCGCCGAAAAAGAUUGAUAGUUAAUAUAUUGAAUUUGCGUGCAUUAUAAUUUCCGCAUAAAAAAUAGCGCAUUCGCAAUUAUUUCUUAGAAGUGUUUAAUCCAUUUGACAGUGCGUAUUUGAUGAUACACAGUAUUCAAAUUCAUUCAGAAUUCAUCAUCUGAUUUGUUUACACCUGCGGAUGGAAAAAUACACGAGCAGAAAAAUGUUCCGAAUAUCGAAAUAAUCAUCAUACGCUACGACUCGACAUUAUGGGAUGAAGCAUUUGUACACAUAUAAAAUCAGCUUGACAUGAAAACGCGUAAAUCUGCUCGAUAGCUAGCAUGGUGCAGAGCGAAUUCGCACCCAAAGAUGUUUCCGAUGGUUGUCACCUCAACGCCAACAUGAGCAGUUGCUCUACCGAGUCCAUGAUGUUCAUACAACUACUAAUGUAUUUAUUCGGUUUCUCGAAUGAAAAAGACAACAUAAAGUUCAAAUCGGGGUUCUCGCCUUUGCAUUCGGAACUGCACACCAUCGCAAACCAAAUAAAAAAUUUGCCGCAAUUUUCACCCAGCAGCGAAGACGAUAGCGAUUUCCAACCGACCGUGGAACGUAAAAAGAAAAAUCAAGCCCCUUAUCGUCGACCACCUCAACGCCAUAGACCUCAUCAUCAUAAUCGUCACAAACCUCAAACCGAUUACGACGAAGAAGAGGAACCUGAAAAAGCAUCCGAACAACCUUCCGAUUCGGACUACGAGGCCGGAGAUGAAAAAGAGGAAGAUGUUGAAGAGCCUUACACCAACGAGGAGUCUCAUACGGAUGAUGAACCUCAUGCGCAUCAAGAACAUCAUACGCACGAAAGCGAAGAAGUAACUCAUCCUCCCGAAAUGGACGAAGAAAUAGCCGAAUUACUCGCCAAUACCGAACACGAGCACGAUUUCGAGCAUAUCGAAGAUUACAUCGACGAUUACUUCGAUAGCACGCACCAGGUGCACAGGGUUUUGCCGAAUUUCUUCCCCAGCGCAUCUCCGCCAGAUUUAAGACGAAAUUCUACAGCCGCAGCCACAGCCACAGCCACAGCCGCACCCAAAGUCAAACGGGAAAUUCCACUGGCAUUUCAAACCGUUUCCAAUCCGAGACCAACGGGCCAUUUUCUAAACGGAUACGAGCAUAUGUUCGAUGAAAAUGUAAUGUCUGUAUUCGACCACGAACCAUCGGCUGGAACCGUGUAUGACUUUAAAACUCCUCAUAGACUUUUUCCAACCAGACCACAACCUCCCUACCCUUUCGAAAUGCCGCCUUUCCACAAGAAAAAUCAACCUCAUGGUGGCGAGCAAGAAAAAGACAACACGUACGAUUUCAUCGUCGUAGGAGCUGGAUCAGCUGGCUGUGUGAUGGCGAAUCGAUUAUCCGAAAUCAAAGACUGGACGGUUCUAUUACUGGAAGCUGGAAUCGAGGAGCCUUUUUUCGCUGAUGUACCAGCUUUGGCUCCUUUGCUGCAAGGAAGCACGAUAGAUUGGGGUUACAUGACACAGCCGGAAAAACACAGCUGUAAGUCGAGACCAAAUGGUAGAUGCGCUUGGGCCAGAGGUAAAGUCAUGGGUGGAUCAUCGACGAUCAAUUAUAUGAUAUAUCAACGAGGCAACAUGAUGGAUUAUAACGAAUGGAAAGACAUGGGAAACGAGGGCUGGGGAUACGACGACGUACUCAAGUAUUUCAUCAAAUCAGAGGAUAACGAAGAUAAAGAAAUUUACGCCAAAAAUCCCGAAUACCACGGCAAAGGCGGCUACCAAACUGUAGAAUGGUUUCCUUACGUUGAUAAAACCGUUCCUCAUCUUAUCGCAGCCUGGCGAGAAAAAGGCUUAGACGAGGUAGACGUCAAUGCUGAAACUCAAAUAGGCGUAAUGCAUUUACAAAGUACAGGCAGACAUGGAGAACGUCUCAGUACAAAUGGAGCGUACAUCAGACCCAUCAGAAAAAAACGAAAAAAUCUCAGAAUUCUGACAGAAGCUCACGUCACCAGAGUGCUUCUAAAAGCAGAUAAAGAUCACAAACAACACGCUUACGGAGUUGAAUAUUUUUAUAAAAAUAAACUCAGAACGGCUUUAGCUAGAAACGAAGUGAUAUUAUCAGCAGGUGCCAUAAAUUCUCCCAAGAUUCUCAUGCUUUCUGGCAUAGGUCCCAAAAAUCAUCUUAAAAAGAUGAAUAUAAUUGUGAAAAAACAUUUAAAAGGGGUUGGUCGAAAUUUACAAGAUCACACUACUACUGAUGGUAUAGUCAUCGCUAUGAAUAAAACCAUCACCGAUUCAAAUUACCAAGGCAAGGUGAACGAUGCUUAUGAAUACAAAGAACACAGAAAAGGUCCGUUAUCAGCGCCUGGUCCCAUACAGUGCGGUGUGUUUCUGCAAACUAAAUACGAACACUCGUUAGAUGUACCUGAUAUUCAAUACGCAUUUGACGCUUCAAGUGUGCACGACUGGCUUAUGGAUCCUGCAAAUAUGUCAGCCAUGUCAAUGCAGCCACUUUCUUAUUACGAUGCCAUAAAUGUACGAACGAUCCUUCUUUCUCCAGAAAGCAGAGGAUUCAUUUUACUAAAUAAGACAGACCCUGUUUGGGGUCCACCAUUAAUUUACCCACGUACUUUCAGUAGUGGGUGGGAUCUAAAAAUUAUCGUAGCAGGGAUGCAAAUUGGAGCAAGCAUCGCUCAAACUAAAUCAAUGCGAGAAAUCGGAGCAUCCCUAGUGAACGAACCAGUUGAACCCUGUCGUCAUCAUAAAUUUGGAUCAGAUAAAUACUGGGCUUGUGUAGCAAUACAUUACACGACUACAAUCUUUCACCCAGUUGGUACAUGUAAAAUGGGUACCAAGUACGAUGAUAUGGCAGUUGUUGAUGCUAGAUUACGAGUGUACGGGGUGAGUCGUCUCAGAGUGGUGGAUGCCUCGAUUAUGCCAAAAAUUGUCAGAGGAAAUACCAACGCACCGGUUAUAAUGAUCGCGGAAAAAGCAUCCGAUAUGAUCAAGGAAGACUGGGGAAUGUCAACGUAGUACUCAAUUUACUUACCUACCUGUUUUUCUUUGAUUCUUAGCGCCUGAUCACGCUGACUUAGGUUAACUAUGAGACGCAGGUGUCAUGAUUAUUGCAUAUUUAUUUUUAUUCGCGAAGUAACUGAUGAACGCGAUAGGUGCACAAAUACAUUAUCAUGUUUUGUUUUUCA